AUGGCAAGCAAUGCGGAGGUGCCGGAGGAUGCCGACGACGAGAUCGUUCAGGUGGAAGCCAAGACCGAGGAGCUGAAGCCGACGAAGGCCAAGAUCAAGCCCGCCUCCGUUUGCAAGCUCUUUUCCAUGAUGGACUGUCUCGAGGUGGUGGUGUUGCUGACCGGCUGUGUUGGAGCCAUUGGCAAUGGCUUGUCGCAGCCAUUGCUGUGCAUCGUCUUCGGCGACCUCAUUGAUGGCAUGGGUGCUGCUACGGGUGGCACGGCCUCCUUCACCAGCGAGCAGAUGCUGGCCGCCAUGGACGGCAUGAUGUCGCAGAUGGAGGAGCUCUGCAUCACCAUGGUGCUCGUGGGCGUGGGCGCCACCUUCGCCGCCUCCCUUCAGGGAGCCUGCUUCAAGAUCUUUGCGGAGAAGCAGGCCUUCAAGUUCCGGGUCCUCUACUUCGACACGGUGCUCCACCAGGACGUGAGCUGGUUCGACACGAAGGAGGUUGCCGCACUGCCGGCCGAGAUCAACGACGACCUGGAGAAGAUCCAAGACGCCUUCGGCGACAAGUUCGGGAACGGCGUGAUGGCCCUCUCUGCGUUCCUGGGCGGCUUCGGCUGUGCAUUCGGCCUCGGCUGGCUCAUCGCACUGGUGAUGUGCUCCAUCCUGCCCUUCAUGGGUGUUGGUGCCGCCAUCAUGGGAAAGGCGGUCCAGGAGAUUCAGAACGAGUCGCAGAGCUGGUACGCCAAGGCCUCGGCGGUCGUCGAGGAGUGCCUCAACGCCAUGCGCACCGUCGUGGCCUUCGGUGGGGAGCACCGCGAGCUGAAGAAGUUCUCGGCCGCCCUGGUCGAGACGCGACGCGGCGGGGUGCGGAACGGCUUCAAGGUCGGCGCUGGCAUGGGCUACACCAUGAUGAUCGUGUUCUUGGGAUAUGGCCUGGCCUUCUGGUUCGGCAUGACACUGCGAUACAACGACGAGCUGAACCCAGCUACCGGAGAGCUCUGGGAGCCCGGCACGAUUAUGGCCAUCUUCUUCUGCAUCUUCAUCGGCAGCUUCAUGAUCGGCAACCUCGACCCGAGCAUCAAGGCCAUGAAGGCCGCGCAGACGGCGGCGGGGCGCUUCUUCCUGGCUUUGGAGAACAAGCCCAACAUCCAGUGCCGCCUGGAGGACAAGCGCGAGGACAUCAGCAACAUCGACAGCUUUGAAUUCCAGGAUGUGCACUUCACCUACCCGGCACGGCCUGAUGUCAAGGUCCUGAACGGCCUGUCCCUGACCAUCAAGAGGGGUCAGAAAGUGGCAGUGGUCGGCGAGUCGGGAUCAGGGAAGUCCACCGUCAUGGCUCUUCUCGAGCGCUUCUACGACCCGGACUCCGGGCAGGUGUUGGUGAACGGCCGGAACAUGACGAGCUUCAAGACGUCGGCCUUGCGACAGUGCGUUGGCUACGUGGGCCAGGAGCCGGUGCUCUUUGCCAGCUCGAUCCGCCACAACAUCAUGCAGGGCAACCCAUCAGCCAGUAAGGAGGACUUCGCCAAGGCCUGCGCGGACGCCCAGCUGGGCUUUGUGGAUGGGCUGCCGGAAAAGUACAACACUUUCGUCGGCAGCGGCGGCGGCCAGCUGUCUGGGGGUCAGAAACAGCGCAUCGCCAUUGCCAGGGCCCUGCUGAAGAAGUCUUCCUUCCUCUUCCUGGACGAGGCCACCAGUGCUUUGGACAACGCAUCAGAGAAGAUGAUCCAGGCCACGAUCGACAGCAUCAGCGCAAAUACCACCGAAGGCCUGGGGAUUGUAAGCAUUGCCCACCGCCUCAGCACUGUGCGCAACUCUGAUCUCAUUUACGUGCUCAGCCGCGGCACGUUGGUGGAGCAGGGCAACCAUGCCUCGCUCAUGGAGAAGAAGGGCACUUACUAUGCCCUGGUCGCGGCCCAGGAGUCGUCUCACAAGGCGGACGAUGAGGACACCAACGCGCCCGGCUUGCCCCACGACAACACCGUGGCGAUGGUGAAGCGCUCCUCGACAAACUCCGGAGAGUCAGAGACCCAGCGUGUGAAGAAGGAGAAGGAGGCGGAAGCCAAUCGAGAAAAGGACAUCGUCAAGAAUUACAAGGUGCCGAUGAGGCGACUCCUCAGCUACAACAGGCCAGAGUGGCCUUUCUUUGUGCCCGCUGUGCUUGGUGCGAUGGUGGACGGAUCUGCAAUGCCCGUUUGCACGAUCGCCCUCGUCGGGUCCAUGGACGGCUUCUACAAGCCAGACAAAGAGGAGAUGCGGUCUGACUUGGAACUCAUGGCACUCAUCUUUGUGAUUAUUGGCGUGAGUACCCUCGUUGGGUCGACCAUCUCGCAUGGCUGCUUCUCAAUUCUCGGUGAGGCCAUGACGCAGCGUCUCCGUGUGGCUAUCUUGACGGGCAUGUUCCGUCAGGAGGUGGGAUUCCAUGAUGAUCCAGCCAACACACCAGGAAUGCUUUCGAAGGCCCUGGAGCUUUGGGCAUUCCGCGUCUCCACGCUGUGCAAGUCCGUGCAGGCUAAGGCAGCGGCCAUGAGUUCGUUGGUUGUGGGUCUCGUGAUCGCCUUCGUCUACUGCUGGCAGAUGUCGCUCGUCAUGCUGGGCUCCAUCCCAAUCAUGAUUGCGGCCCAGGCCAUCCAGAUGCUGGUGCUCCUCGGUGCCUCGAAAACGGAGAAUGAGAACAUCACCAACGCCAACCAGAUCGUCGUCGACUCCGUGAUGAACGCUCGCACAGUGCAGGCGUUGGGUGUGGAGAAGGGCUUGGUGGGCAUGUAUGUUGGUUGGGUUGAGAAGUCCCUGGUCGGCAUGUGGAGGCGCAACAUUUUGGCAGGACUUGGCUUCGGAGUCUCCAACGGCAUCAUGUUCUUCAUCAUGGCCGGUGGCUUCUACGUCGCGUCUCUGCUGAUCAAGGAAGGCGUCGCCGACUUCCAGGGCGUGAUGAUGGCCUUCAUGGGCAUCUUCUACGCAGGCAUGGGAGCUGGCCAGGCCGCCGUGAUGGUGGGCGACGCCACGAAGGCCAAGGUGGCGUGCCACGACAUGUUCCAGCUCAUGGACCGUAUCUCGGCCAUCGAUGGCUUGGAGCCCAAGGGCGAGUCUCCCCAGGGGCUGCAGGCUGGCCACAUUGAGUUCCGGGACGUGAAGUUCUUCUACCCCUUCCGUCCGGAGGUCCAGGUGCUCAAGGGCAUCUCCUUCAGCAUCUCCGCAGGGCAGUCGGUGGGUCUGGUCGGUCCCUCCGGCGGCGGCAAGAGCACCGUGAUGUCCUUGAUCCAGCGCUUCUACGAUCCCCAGAACGGCCAGGUCUUCGUGGGUUCCGAGCGCGUCGCGCUGAACACCGUGAACAUCCGGUGGUGGCGCCGCCAGAUUGGCUUCGUGGGCCAGGAGCCCAUCCUCUUCAACACCACCGUGCGUGCCAACAUCAUGUACGGCCUGGAUGAUGGCGAGACCGUCACCGACGAGUAUGUCAAGCAGUGUGAGAAGAUGGCAAACUUGGCUUUCUUGUACAAGAAUGGCAAUAAGGGCCUAGAGACGGAGGUCGGCCCCAGGGGUAGCCGCCUCUCUGGCGGCCAGAAGCAGCGGGUGGCCAUCUGCAGGGCACUUAUCCGCAAUCCACCGGUGAUGCUGCUGGAUGAGGCCACCAGCGCGCUGGACACGCAGAGCGAGGCGAUCGUGCAGAAGGCCCUGGAGGCCGCGCGGGAGGGCCGCACCUCCUUCGCCAUCGCGCACCGGCUGUCCACCAUCCAAGGCUGCGACGUCAUCCUCGUCAACGCCGAUGGCCGCGUGGUGGAGAAAGGGAACCACGCGGAGCUGAUGGCCCUGAAGGGAGUCUACUACAAGCUUCAGAUGCAGGCGACACGCUUGCUUCUGAGAAGUGCAGUGUUAGUCCGUUUGUCCAGCGUGCAAUACGCGUUUUGCUUUAUUUCUGCUGCGGUGUUUCUGCACACCUGGGCCUUCGUUUGGGAAGGCCACCAACAGCUGAGACUUGCGGCCGAAGGUUACCGGCUCAGCUUGGUGCCCAAGCUCGUGCCGGAGGAUGCCGACGACGAGAUCGUUCAGGUGGAAGCCAAGACCGAGGAGCUGAAGCCGACGAAGGCCAAGAUCAAGCCCGCCUCCGUUUGCAAGCUCUUUUCCAUGAUGGACUGUCUCGAGGUGGUGGUGUUGCUGACCGGCUGUGUUGGAGCCAUUGGCAAUGGCUUGUCGCAGCCAUUGCUGUGCAUCGUCUUCGGCGACCUCAUUGAUGGCAUGGGUGCUGCUACGGGUGGCACGGCCUCCUUCACCAGCGAGCAGAUGCUGGCCGCCAUGGACGGCAUGAUGUCGCAGAUGGAGGAGCUCUGCAUCACCAUGGUGCUCGUGGGCGUGGGCGCCACCUUCGCCGCCUCCCUUCAGGGAGCCUGCUUCAAGAUCUUUGCGGAGAAGCAGGCCUUCAAGUUCCGGGUCCUCUACUUCGACACGGUGCUCCACCAGGACGUGAGCUGGUUCGACACGAAGGAGGUUGCCGCACUGCCGGCCGAGAUCAACGACGACCUGGAGAAGAUCCAAGACGCCUUCGGCGACAAGUUCGGGAACGGCGUGAUGGCCCUCUCUGCGUUCCUGGGCGGCUUCGGCUGUGCAUUCGGCCUCGGCUGGCUCAUCGCACUGGUGAUGUGCUCCAUCCUGCCCUUCAUGGGUGUUGGUGCCGCCAUCAUGGGAAAGGCGGUCCAGGAGAUUCAGAACGAGUCGCAGAGCUGGUACGCCAAGGCCUCGGCGGUCGUCGAGGAGUGCCUCAACGCCAUGCGCACCGUCGUGGCCUUCGGUGGAGAGCACCGCGAGCUGAAGAAGUUCUCGGCCGCCCUGGUCGAGACGCGACGCGGCGGGGUGCGGAACGGCUUCAAGGUCGGCGCUGGCAUGGGCUACACCAUGAUGAUCGUGUUCUUGGGAUAUGGCCUGGCCUUCUGGUUCGGCAUGACACUGCGAUACAACGACGAGCUGAACCCAGCUACCGGAGAGCUCUGGGAGCCCGGCACGAUUAUGGCCAUCUUCUUCUGCAUCUUCAUCGGCAGCUUCAUGAUCGGCAACCUCGACCCGAGCAUCAAGGCCAUGAAGGCCGCGCAGACGGCGGCGGGGCGCUUCUUCCUGGCUUUGGAGAACAAGCCCAACAUCCAGUGCCGCCUGGAGGACAAGCGCGAGGACAUCAGCAACAUCGACAGCUUUGAAUUCCAGGAUGUGCACUUCACCUACCCGGCACGGCCUGAUGUCAAGGUCCUGAACGGCCUGUCCCUGACCAUCAAGAGGGGUCAGAAAGUGGCAGUGGUCGGCGAGUCGGGAUCAGGAAAGUCCACCGUCAUGGCUCUUCUCGAGCGCUUCUACGACCCGGACUCCGGGCAGGUGUUGGUGAACGGCCGGAACAUGACGAGCUUCAAGACGUCGGCCUUGCGACAGUGCGUUGGCUACGUGGGCCAGGAGCCGGUGCUCUUUGCCAGCUCGAUCCGCCACAACAUCAUGCAGGGCAACCCAUCAGCCAGUAAGGAGGACCUCGCCAAGGCCUGCGCGGACGCCCAGCUGGGCUUUGUGGAUGGGCUGCCGGAAAAGUACAACACUUUCGUCGGCAGCGGCGGCGGCCAGCUGUCUGGGGGUCAGAAACAGCGCAUCGCCAUUGCCAGGGCCCUGCUGAAGAAGUCUUCCUUCCUCUUCCUGGACGAGGCCACCAGUGCUUUGGACAACGCAUCAGAGAAGAUGAUCCAGGCCACGAUCGACAGCAUCAGCGCAAAUACCACCGAAGGCCUGGGGAUUGUAAGCAUUGCCCACCGCCUCAGCACUGUGCGCAACUCUGAUCUCAUUUACGUGCUCAGCCGCGGCACGUUGGUGGAGCAGGGCAACCAUGCCUCGCUCAUGGAGAAGAAGGGCACUUACUAUGCCCUGGUCGCGGCCCAGGAGUCGUCUCACAAGGCGGACGAUGAGGACACCAACGCGCCCGGCUUGCCCCACGACAACACCGUGGCGAUGGUGAAGCGCUCCUCGACAAACUCCGGAGAGUCAGAGACCCAGCGUGUGAAGAAGGAGAAGGAGGCGGAAGCCAAUCGAGAAAAGGACAUCGUCAAGAAUUACAAGGUGCCGAUGAGGCGACUCCUCAGCUACAACAGGCCAGAGUGGCCUUUCUUUGUGCCCGCUGUGCUUGGUGCGAUGGUGGACGGAUCUGCAAUGCCCGUUUGCACGAUCGCCCUCGUCGGGUCCAUGGACGGCUUCUACAAGCCAUACAAAGAGGAGAUGCGGUCUGACUUGGAACUCAUGGCACUCAUCUUUGUGAUUAUUGGCGUGAGUACCCUCGUUGGGUCGACCAUCUCGCAUGGCUGCUUCUCAAUUCUCGGUGAGGCCAUGACGCAGCGUCUCCGUGUGGCUAUCUUGACGGGCAUGUUCCGUCAGGAGGUGGGAUUCCAUGAUGAUCCAGCCAACACACCAGGAAUGCUUUCGAAGGCCCUGGAGCUUUGGGCAUUCCGCGUCUCCACGCUGUGCAAGUCCGUGCAGGCUAAGGCAGCGGCCAUGAGUUCGUUGGUUGUGGGUCUCGUGAUCGCCUUCGUCUACUGCUGGCAGAUGUCGCUCGUCAUGCUGGGCUCCAUCCCAAUCAUGAUUGCGGCCCAGGCCAUCCAGAUGCUGGUGCUCCUCGGUGCCUCGAAAACGGAGAAUGAGAACAUCACCAACGCCAACCAGAUCGUCGUCGACUCCGUGAUGAACGCUCGCACAGUGCAGGCGUUGGGUGUGGAGAAGGGCUUGGUGGGCAUGUAUGUUGGUUGGGUUGAGAAGUCCCUGGUCGGCAUGUGGAGGCGCAACAUUUUGGCAGGACUUGGCUUCGGAGUCUCCAACGGCAUCAUGUUCUUCAUCAUGGCCGGUGGCUUCUACGUCGCGUCUCUGCUGAUCAAGGAAGGCGUCGCCGACUUCCAGGGCGUGAUGAUGGCCUUCAUGGGCAUCUUCUACGCAGGCAUGGGAGCUGGCCAGGCCGCCGUGAUGGUGGGCGACGCCACGAAGGCCAAGGUGGCGUGCCACGACAUGUUCCAGCUCAUGGACCGUAUCUCGGCCAUCGACGGCUUGGAGCCCAAGGGCGAGUCUCCCCAGGGGCUGCAGGCUGGCCACAUUGAGUUCCGGGACGUGAAGUUCUUCUACCCCUUCCGUCCGGAGGUCCAGGUGCUCAAGGGCAUCUCCUUCAGCAUCUCCGCAGGGCAGUCGGUGGGUCUGGUCGGUCCCUCCGGCGGCGGCAAGAGCACCGUGAUGUCCUUGAUCCAGCGCUUCUACGAUCCCCAGAACGGCCAGGUCUUCGUGGGUUCCGAGCGCGUCGCGCUGAACACCGUGAACAUCCGGUGGUGGCGCCGCCAGAUUGGCUUCGUGGGCCAGGAGCCCAUCCUCUUCAACACCACCGUGCGUGCCAACAUCAUGUACGGCCUGGAUGAUGGCGAGACCGUCACCGACGAGUAUGUCAAGCAGUGUGAGAAGAUGGCGAACUUGGCUUUCUUGUACAAGAAUGGCAAUAAGGGCCUAGAGACGGAGGUCGGCCCCAGGGGUAGCCGCCUCUCUGGCGGCCAGAAGCAGCGGGUGGCCAUCUGCAGGGCACUGAUCCGCAAUCCACCGGUGAUGCUGCUGGAUGAGGCCACCAGCGCGCUGGACACGCAGAGCGAGGCGAUCGUGCAGAAGGCCCUGGAGGCCGCGCGGGAGGGCCGCACCUCCUUCGCCAUUGCGCACCGGCUGUCCACCAUCCAAGGCUGCGACGUCAUCCUCGUCAACGCCGAUGGCCGCGUGGUGGAGAAAGGGAACCACGCGGAGCUGAUGGCCCUGAAGGGAGUCUACUACAAGCUUCAGAUGCAGGCGACACGCUUGCUUCUGAGAAGUGCAGUGUUAGUCCGUUUGUCCAGCGUGCAAUACGCGUUUUGCUUUAUUUCUGCUGCGGUGUUUCUGCACACCUGGGCCUUCGUUUGGGAAGGCCACCAACAGCUGAGACUUGCGGCCGAAGGUUACCGGCUCAGCUUGGUGCCCAAGCUCGUGCCGGAGGAUGCCGACGACGAGAUCGUUCAGGUGGAAGCCAAGACCGAGGAGCUGAAGCCGACGAAGGCCAAGAUCAAGCCCGCCUCCGUUUGCAAGCUCUUUUCCAUGAUGGACUGUCUCGAGGUGGUGGUGUUGCUGACCGGCUGUGUUGGAGCCAUUGGCAAUGGCUUGUCGCAGCCAUUGCUGUGCAUCGUCUUCGGCGACCUCAUUGAUGGCAUGGGUGCUGCUACGGGUGGCACGGCCUCCUUCACCAGCGAGCAGAUGCUGGCCGCCAUGGACGGCAUGAUGUCGCAGAUGGAGGAGCUCUGCAUCACCAUGGUGCUCGUGGGCGUGGGCGCCACCUUCGCCGCCUCCCUUCAGGGAGCCUGCUUCAAGAUCUUUGCGGAGAAGCAGGCCUUCAAGUUCCGGGUCCUCUACUUCGACACGGUGCUCCACCAGGACGUGAGCUGGUUCGACACGAAGGAGGUUGCCGCACUGCCGGCCGAGAUCAACGACGACCUGGAGAAGAUCCAAGACGCCUUCGGCGACAAGUUCGGGAACGGCGUGAUGGCCCUCUCUGCGUUCCUGGGCGGCUUCGGCUGUGCAUUCGGCCUCGGCUGGCUCAUCGCACUGGUGAUGUGCUCCAUCCUGCCCUUCAUGGGUGUUGGUGCCGCCAUCAUGGGAAAGGCGGUCCAGGAGAUUCAGAACGAGUCGCAGAGCUGGUACGCCAAGGCCUCGGCGGUCGUCGAGGAGUGCCUCAACGCCAUGCGCACCGUCGUGGCCUUCGGUGGAGAGCACCGCGAGCUGAAGAAGUUCUCGGCCGCCCUGGUCGAGACGCGACGCGGCGGGGUGCGGAACGGCUUCAAGGUCGGCGCUGGCAUGGGCUACACCAUGAUGAUCGUGUUCUUGGGAUAUGGCCUGGCCUUCUGGUUCGGCAUGACACUGCGAUACAACGACGAGCUGAACCCAGCUACCGGAGAGCUCUGGGAGCCCGGCACGAUUAUGGCCAUCUUCUUCUGCAUCUUCAUCGGCAGCUUCAUGAUCGGCAACCUCGACCCGAGCAUCAAGGCCAUGAAGGCCGCGCAGACGGCGGCGGGGCGCUUCUUCCUGGCUUUGGAGAACAAGCCCAACAUCCAGUGCCGCCUGGAGGACAAGCGCGAGGACAUCAGCAACAUCGACAGCUUUGAAUUCCAGGAUGUGCACUUCACCUACCCGGCACGGCCUGAUGUCAAGGUCCUGAACGGCCUGUCCCUGACCAUCAAGAGGGGUCAGAAAGUGGCAGUGGUCGGCGAGUCGGGAUCAGGGAAGUCCACCGUCAUGGCUCUUCUCGAGCGCUUCUACGACCCGGACUCCGGGCAGGUGUUGGUGAACGGCCGGAACAUGACGAGCUUCAAGACGUCGGCCUUGCGACAGUGCGUUGGCUACGUGGGCCAGGAGCCGGUGCUCUUUGCCAGCUCGAUCCGCCACAACAUCAUGCAGGGCAACCCAUCAGCCAGUAAGGAGGACUUCGCCAAGGCCUGCGCGGACGCCCAGCUGGGCUUUGUGGACGGGCUGCCGGAAAAGUACAACACUUUCGUCGGCAGCGGCGGCGGCCAGCUGUCUGGGGGUCAGAAACAGCGCAUCGCCAUUGCCAGGGCCCUGCUGAAGAAGUCUUCCUUCCUCUUCCUGGACGAGGCCACCAGUGCUUUGGACAACGCAUCAGAGAAGAUGAUCCAGGCCACGAUCGACAGCAUCAGCGCAAAUACCACCGAAGGCCUGGGGAUUGUAAGCAUUGCCCACCGCCUCAGCACUGUGCGCAACUCUGAUCUCAUUUACGUGCUCAGCCGCGGCACGUUGGUGGAGCAGGGCAACCAUGCCUCGCUCAUGGAGAAGAAGGGCACUUACUAUGCCCUGGUCGCGGCCCAGGAGUCGUCUCACAAGGCGGACGAUGAGGACACCAACGCGCCCGGCUUGCCCCACGACAACACCGUGGCGAUGGUGAAGCGCUCCUCGACAAACUCCGGAGAGUCAGAGACCCAGCGUGUGAAGAAGGAGAAGGAGGCGGAAGCCAAUCGAGAAAAGGACAUCGUCAAGAAUUACAAGGUGCCGAUGAGGCGACUCCUCAGCUACAACAGGCCAGAGUGGCCUUUCUUUGUGCCCGCUGUGCUUGGUGCGAUGGUGGACGGAUCUGCAAUGCCCGUUUGCACGAUCGCCCUCGUCGGGUCCAUGGACGGCUUCUACAAGCCAGACAAAGAGGAGAUGCGGUCUGACUUGGAACUCAUGGCACUCAUCUUUGUGAUUAUUGGCGUGAGUACCCUCGUUGGGUCGACCAUCUCGCAUGGCUGCUUCUCAAUUCUCGGUGAGGCCAUGACGCAGCGUCUCCGUGUGGCUAUCUUGACGGGCAUGUUCCGUCAGGAGGUGGGAUUCCAUGAUGAUCCAGCCAACACACCAGGAAUGCUUUCGAAGGCCCUGGAGCUUUGGGCAUUCCGCGUCUCCACGCUGUGCAAGUCCGUGCAGGCUAAGGCAGCGGCCAUGAGUUCGUUGGUUGUGGGUCUCGUGAUCGCCUUCGUCUACUGCUGGCAGAUGUCGCUCGUCAUGCUGGGCUCCAUCCCAAUCAUGAUUGCGGCCCAGGCCAUCCAGAUGCUGGUGCUCCUCGGUGCCUCGAAAACGGAGAAUGAGAACAUCACCAACGCCAACCAGAUCGUCGUCGACUCCGUGAUGAACGCUCGCACAGUGCAGGCGUUGGGUGUGGAGAAGGGAUUGGUGGGCAUGUAUGUUGGUUGGGUUGAGAAGUCCCUGGUCGGCAUGUGGAGGCGCAACAUUUUGGCAGGACUCGGCUUCGGAGUCUCCAACGGCAUCAUGUUCUUCAUCAUGGCCGGUGGCUUCUACGUCGCGUCUCUGCUGAUCAAGGAAGGCGUCGCCGACUUCCAGGGCGUGAUGAUGGCCUUCAUGGGCAUCUUCUACGCAGGCAUGGGAGCUGGCCAGGCCGCCGUGAUGGUGGGCGACGCCACGAAGGCCAAGGUGGCGUGCCACGACAUGUUCCAGCUCAUGGACCGUAUCUCGGCCAUCGACGGCUUGGAGCCCAAGGGCGAGUCUCCCCAGGGGCUGCAGGCUGGCCACAUUGAGUUCCGGGACGUGAAGUUCUUCUACCCCUUCCGUCCGGAGGUCCAGGUGCUCAAGGGCAUCUCCUUCAGCAUCUCCGCAGGGCAGUCGGUGGGUCUGGUCGGUCCCUCCGGCGGCGGCAAGAGCACCGUGAUGUCCUUGAUCCAGCGCUUCUACGAUCCCCAGAACGGCCAGGUCUUCGUGGGUUCCGAGCGCGUCGCGCUGAACACCGUGAACAUCCGGUGGUGGCGCCGCCAGAUUGGCUUCGUGGGCCAGGAGCCCAUCCUCUUCAACACCACCGUGCGUGCCAACAUCAUGUACGGCCUGGAUGAUGGCGAGACCGUCACCGACGAGUAUGUCAAGCAGUGUGAGAAGAUGGCAAACUUGGCUUUCUUGUACAAGAAUGGCAAUAAGGGCCUAGAGACGGAGGUCGGCCCCAGGGGUAGCCGCCUCUCUGGCGGCCAGAAGCAGCGGGUGGCCAUCUGCAGGGCACUUAUCCGCAAUCCACCGGUGAUGCUGCUGGAUGAGGCCACCAGCGCGCUGGACACGCAGAGCGAGGCGAUUGUGCAGAAGGCCCUGGAGGCCGCGCGGGAGGGCCGCACCUCCUUCGCCAUCGCGCACCGGCUGUCCACCAUCCAAGGCUGCGACGUCAUCCUCGUCAACGCCGAUGGCCGCGUGGUGGAGAAAGGGAACCACGCGGAGCUGAUGGCCCUGAAGGGAGUCUACUACAAGCUUCAGAUGCAGGCGACACGCUUGCUUCUGAGAAGUGCAGUGUUAGUCCGUUUGUCCAGCGUGCAAUACGCGUUUUGCUUUAUUUCUGCUGCGGUGUUUCUGCACACCUGGGCCUUCGUUUGGGAAGGCCACCAACAGCUGAGACUUGCGGCCGAAGGUUACCGGCUCAGCUUGGUGCCCAAGCUCGUGCCGGAGGAUGCCGACGACGAGAUCGUUCAGGUGGAAGCCAAGACCGAGGAGCUGAAGCCGACGAAGGCCAAGAUCAAGCCCGCCUCCGUUUGCAAGCUCUUUUCCAUGAUGGACUGUCUCGAGGUGGUGGUGUUGCUGACCGGCUGUGUUGGAGCCAUUGGCAAUGGCUUGUCGCAGCCAUUGCUGUGCAUCGUCUUCGGCGACCUCAUUGAUGGCAUGGGUGCUGCUACGGGUGGCACGGCCUCCUUCACCAGCGAGCAGAUGCUGGCCGCCAUGGACGGCAUGAUGUCGCAGAUGGAGGAGCUCUGCAUCACCAUGGUGCUCGUGGGCGUGGGCGCCACCUUCGCCGCCUCCCUUCAGGGAGCCUGCUUCAAGAUCUUUGCGGAGAAGCAGGCCUUCAAGUUCCGGGUCCUCUACUUCGACACGGUGCUCCACCAGGACGUGAGCUGGUUCGACACGAAGGAGGUUGCCGCACUGCCGGCCGAGAUCAACGACGACCUGGAGAAGAUCCAAGACGCCUUCGGCGACAAGUUCGGGAACGGCGUGAUGGCCCUCUCUGCGUUCCUGGGCGGCUUCGGCUGUGCAUUCGGCCUCGGCUGGCUCAUCGCACUGGUGAUGUGCUCCAUCCUGCCCUUCAUGGGUGUUGGUGCCGCCAUCAUGGGAAAGGCGGUCCAGGAGAUUCAGAACGAGUCGCAGAGCUGGUACGCCAAGGCCUCGGCGGUCGUCGAGGAGUGCCUCAACGCCAUGCGCACCGUCGUGGCCUUCGGUGGGGAGCACCGCGAGCUGAAGAAGUUCUCGGCCGCCCUGGUCGAGACGCGACGCGGCGGGGUGCGGAACGGCUUCAAGGUCGGCGCUGGCAUGGGCUACACCAUGAUGAUCGUGUUCUUGGGAUAUGGCCUGGCCUUCUGGUUCGGCAUGACACUGCGAUACAACGACGAGCUGAACCCAGCUACCGGAGAGCUCUGGGAGCCCGGCACGAUUAUGGCCAUCUUCUUCUGCAUCUUCAUCGGCAGCUUCAUGAUCGGCAACCUCGACCCGAGCAUCAAGGCCAUGAAGGCCGCGCAGACGGCGGCGGGGCGCUUCUUCCUGGCUUUGGAGAACAAGCCCAACAUCCAGUGCCGCCUGGAGGACAAGCGCGAGGACAUCAGCAACAUCGACAGCUUUGAAUUCCAGGAUGUGCACUUCACCUACCCGGCACGGCCUGAUGUCAAGGUCCUGAACGGCCUGAAGUCCACCGUCAUGGCUCUUCUCGAGCGCUUCUACGACCCGGACUCCGGGCAGGUGUUGGUGAACGGCCGGAACAUGACGAGCUUCAAGACGUCGGCCUUGCGACAGUGCGUUGGCUACGUGGGCCAGGAGCCGGUGCUCUUUGCCAGCUCGAUCCGCCACAACAUCAUGCAGGGCAACCCAUCAGCCAGUAAGGAGGACUUCGCCAAGGCCUGCGCGGACGCCCAGCUGGGCUUUGUGGAUGGGCUGCCGGAAAAGUACAACACUUUCGUCGGCAGCGGCGGCGGCCAGCUGUCUGGGGGUCAGAAACAGCGCAUCGCCAUUGCCAGGGCCCUGCUGAAGAAGUCUUCCUUCCUCUUCCUGGACGAGGCCACCAGUGCUUUGGACAACGCAUCAGAGAAGAUGAUCCAGGCCACGAUCGACAGCAUCAGCGCAAAUACCACCGAAGGCCUGGGGAUUGUAAGCAUUGCCCACCGCCUCAGCACUGUGCGCAACUCUGAUCUCAUUUACGUGCUCAGCCGCGGCACGUUGGUGGAGCAGGGCAACCAUGCCUCGCUCAUGGAGAAGAAGGGCACUUACUAUGCCCUGGUCGCGGCACAGGAGUCGUCUCACAAGGCGGACGAUGAGGACACCAACGCGCCCGGCUUGCCCCACGACAACACCGUGGCGAUGGUGAAGCGCUCCUCGACAAACUCCGGAGAGUCAGAGACCCAGCGUGUGAAGAAGGAGAAGGAGGCGGAAGCCAAUCGAGAAAAGGACAUCGUCAAGAAUUACAAGGUGCCGAUGAGGCGACUCCUCAGCUACAACAGGCCAGAGUGGCCUUUCUUUGUGCCCGCUGUGCUUGGUGCGAUGGUGGACGGAUCUGCAAUGCCCGUUUGCACGAUCGCCCUCGUCGGGUCCAUGGACGGCUUCUACAAGCCAGACAAAGAGGAGAUGCGGUCUGACUUGGAACUCAUGGCACUCAUCUUUGUGAUUAUUGGCGUGAGUACCCUCGUUGGGUCGACCAUCUCGCAUGGCUGCUUCUCAAUUCUCGGUGAGGCCAUGACGCAGCGUCUCCGUGUGGCUAUCUUGACGGGCAUGUUCCGUCAGGAGGUGGGAUUCCAUGAUGAUCCAGCCAACACACCAGGAAUGCUUUCGAAGGCCCUGGAGCUUUGGGCAUUCCGCGUCUCCACGCUGUGCAAGUCCGUGCAGGCUAAGGCAGCGGCCAUGAGUUCGUUGGUUGUGGGUCUCGUGAUCGCCUUCGUCUACUGCUGGCAGAUGUCGCUCGUCAUGCUGGGCUCCAUCCCAAUCAUGAUUGCGGCCCAGGCCAUCCAGAUGCUGGUGCUCCUCGGUGCCUCGAAAACGGAGAAUGAGAACAUCACCAACGCCAACCAGAUCGUCGUCGACUCCGUGAUGAACGCUCGCACAGUGCAGGCGUUGGGUGUGGAGAAGGGCUUGGUGGGCAUGUAUGUUGGUUGGGUUGAGAAGUCCCUGGUCGGCAUGUGGAGGCGCAACAUUUUGGCAGGACUUGGCUUCGGAGUCUCCAACGGCAUCAUGUUCUUCAUCAUGGCCGGUGGCUUCUACGUCGCGUCUCUGCUGAUCAAGGAAGGCGUCGCCGACUUCCAGGGCGUGAUGAUGGCCUUCAUGGGCAUCUUCUACGCAGGCAUGGGAGCUGGCCAGGCCGCCGUGAUGGUGGGCGACGCCACGAAGGCCAAGGUGGCGUGCCACGACAUGUUCCAGCUCAUGGACCGUAUCUCGGCCAUCGAUGGCUUGGAGCCCAAGGGCGAGUCUCCCCAGGGGCUGCAGGCUGGCCACAUUGAGUUCCGGGACGUGAAGUUCUUCUACCCCUUCCGUCCGGAGGUCCAGGUGCUCAAGGGCAUCUCCUUCAGCAUCUCCGCAGGGCAGUCGGUGGGUCUGGUCGGUCCCUCCGGCGGCGGCAAGAGCACCGUGAUGUCCUUGAUCCAGCGCUUCUACGAUCCCCAGAACGGCCAGGUCUUCGUGGGUUCCGAGCGCGUCGCGCUGAACACCGUGAACAUCCGGUGGUGGCGCCGCCAGAUUGGCUUCGUGGGCCAGGAGCCCAUCCUCUUCAACACCACCGUGCGUGCCAACAUCAUGUACGGCCUGGAUGAUGGCGAGACCGUCACCGACGAGUAUGUCAAGCAGUGUGAGAAGAUGGCGAACUUGGCUUUCUUGUACAAGAAUGGCAAUAAGGGCCUAGAGACGGAGGUCGGCCCCAGGGGUAGCCGCCUCUCUGGCGGCCAGAAGCAGCGGGUGGCCAUCUGCAGGGCACUGAUCCGCAAUCCACCGGUGAUGCUGCUGGAUGAGGCCACCAGCGCGCUGGACACGCAGAGCGAGGCGAUCGUGCAGAAGGCCCUGGAGGCCGCGCGGGAGGGCCGCACCUCCUUCGCCAUCGCGCACCGGCUGUCCACCAUCCAAGGCUGCGACGUCAUCCUCGUCAACGCCGAUGGCCGCGUGGUGGAGAAAGGGAACCACGCGGAGCUGAUGGCCCUGAAGGGAGUCUACUACAAGCUUCAGAUGCAGGCGCAGAAGUGA